CGUGCUCAGAAUGACGUAGCACACGCCGGCUACGUCAUAAUUUAGGUUUAGGUUUUCUAAUGGAUAAUAACAAGAUGUGCGGGUGUAAUUAAAAUAAAAAACAAUAUCCAAACGUACAACGAGUCCGAGCUAAACAAUAACAUAUUGUCCGACUUCUGGAUUGGUUCCUGGUGUCCGGUGUGUCGGGCUUUGUGUGGAACCAAUGCUAAUGCUAACCCCGUUAGCUCUGCUGCCUCCGGCUGCUAACACUAUCGCUCCAUGCACAUUUAAGUGGCUACACGCGCCGAGCGAAGGGUUAACGUGAGCGGAAAUAGCUGUAACUGAGGGACAGCAGCAUGGCUACAUCCCCAGUAGAGUACACCAUUGGCGGGGUGAAGAUCCACUUCCCCUGCAAGGCGUACCCGUCCCAGCUGGCUAUGAUGAACUCCAUCAUACGAGGACUGAACUCUGGGCAGCACUGUUUGCUGGAGAGUCCCACGGGAAGUGGAAAGAGCUUGGCUCUGCUCUGCUCCACUCUGGGCUGGCAGCAGGCUCAGUUUGAUAAACUCAAAGACGGAGGAAGCCUUUUGGAGGACAAGAGCCAGUCGGAUAAAACCUGUGGCGACGAUAAGAAGUCUGAUGUCUCCACGCCCUGUCAGUGUGUGUGCCACGGCAGAGUCAGCAGUACCACCGCAAACAGCCAAACAGCAGCCAGACCUGCUGUUGUGGACCUCACAGUGUCACCCUGCAAAGAGCUGACACAGCCGCUGCCCCCAGCUCCUCGACAGAUGCCAUCACCUGAGGAGUUGCAGCCCAGGAAACAGUCUAUAGCCUCUCGUCUGUCUGAGAAGUUCCUGUCGAGCUUCAGCCCUAACCGCGAGAAGGACGACGACGACGACGACUUUCAGCCAGACAAGAAGCGCAUUCGCACUGCGGAACACAAGCAGCGUAAAAGGCAGCGUCUGGAGCAGGGAGUGAUCUUCAUUGAUGAUGAGCUGGAAAAUGAGCCUUCAGGUGCUCAGAGUUGGUCCACGGAGCCAAACGCCCAAGCAGCAGGUCCAUCCUCAUCAUGCUGCUCCCCUGAACCCUGCUCCCGCUGCCCGUGUGCUUCAGCUAAAGACGGUGUGAAGGACAAAGACGGGGACGGCAAAAAGAAGAUUCCCAAGAUCUUCUUUGGCACUCGCACACAUAAACAGAUAACUCAGAUCACCCACGAGCUGAAGCGAACGGUUUACUCCAGAGUGCCCAUGACCAUCUUAUCCAGUAGAGCUCACACAUGUGUCAACGUAGAGGUGGCGCCUCACUUCAACCGCAAUGAACGCUGCAAGGAUCUGCUGGAGGCCAAAGAUGGCAGGUCAUGCCGCUACUACCAUGGUGUCCAGAGGAUGCGGGACCAGCGCACACUACAGCGGGUCCACGGACUCCAUGAUGCCUGGGACAUUGAGGACUUUGUCGCACUGGGCAAGCGGAUCCGGUCAUGCUCCUACUAUGCUGCCCGAGAACUCAAGCAGGAAGCCUCCAUCAUCUUCUGUCCAUAUAACUACCUGCUGGACCCAAUGAUCAGAGAGAGUAUGGAGAUUGACCUGAAAGGCCAGAUCGUGAUUCUGGAUGAAGCCCACAACAUUGAGGACUGUGCAAGGGAGAGUGCCAGCUACACUUUGGAGCACCACAGUCUGCUGAUGUCCAGGGAUGAGCUUGACGGCAUGGUCAACAAUAACAUCAGACGAUCCAAACACGAGUCACUUAGGGACUUCUGCUAUAGCCUGAUCAACUGGAUCCAGGAGAGCCAAAGCCUGAUGUCCGAACGGGGAUAUGAGAGCGCCUGUAAAGUCUGGAAUGGAAAGGAUGUACUGGGCAUCUUUCACAACAUGGGCAUCACUGCUGACACCUUCAACAAUCUGAAGAAAAACCUGGCAGCAGUGUUGGAGAAAGAGGAGCGUGGUUCCAUCAAUGGUAAAGAGGAGAUGGUUCAGGUCCCAACCAUCAGCUCGGCAACCUCCAUAGUCCUGAAAAAUCUCUUCAUGGUGCUGGGCUUCAUCUACUCCUCUGAGGACAACUGCAGGGUUGCUGAAGACUACCGGAUAGCUCUGCAGAAGAGCUACGCUUGGACGAACCAUGUCCCACCUGAUAUGCCUGAUGCCCAGGGCUUUGUUCGGCCACACCACAGGCAACGCCAGAGCGCCCGAGUCAAGACAGAAGUCCUCACACUCAGCUUCUGGUGCCUGAACCCCGCUGUGGCUUUCUCUGACUUCCGUAAGUCGGUGCACAGCAUUGUGCUGACAUCAGGAACUCUGUCACCCAUGGGCUCCUUCUCCUCUGAACUUGGGGUGAAAUUCUCCAUCCAGCUGGAGGCCAACCAUGUUAUCAACAAGUCCCAGGUUUGGGUGGGCACUGUUGGUGAAGGACCCCAGGGCAGAAAACUCCGUGCCACCUUCCAACAUACUGAAACGUAUGCCUUCCAGGACGAGGUGGGUGCGCUGCUGCUCCAUGUCUGCCAGGUCGUGGCCAAGGGUGUGCUCUGCUUUUUGCCUUCUUACAAGAUGCUGGACAAGCUGCGAGAGCGAUGGACCAACACUGGUCUCUGGAAGAAGCUGGAGCAACGGAAAGCCGUGAUCACAGAGCCCCGCGGUGGUGGCAAGGGGGACUUUGACGAACUGCUCCAGAAGUACUACGACGCCAUCGCUUACUGUGAGGAUGACCGAGAUGGAGCACUGCUGAUCGCUGUCUGUAGGGGGAAAGUGAGUGAAGGACUCGACUUCACUGAUGACAAUGCCAGGGCAGUGAUCACCAUUGGUAUUCCCUUCCCAAACAUCAAAGACCUCCAAGUGGAACUGAAGAUGAAGUACAAUGACCAACACUGCAAAUCCAGGGGUCUUCUCCCAGGCCAUCGCUGGUACGAGAUUCAGGCCUACAGAGCUCUAAACCAGGCCCUGGGGAGGUGUAUCCGCCACAAGAAUGACUGGGGCGCCCUAAUUCUUGUGGAUGACCGUUACAGGAAUAAUCCCAAUAAGUACAUCACAGGUCUUUCAAAAUGGGUCCGCCAGCUCGUCCAGCAUCAUGGCACCUUUAAUGAUGCCAUGGAGUCUCUGAUGGCAUUCUCUCAGAGGCAACAGAAGGUGGGGGCAGCUCCUGCAGACAGUCAGGCUCUCAGCUCUACUGUCUCAUCUCCAAACGGGGGACCGGGUCUGCCCAAUGCCUCAGACCCCCAGACACCCCACUCGUGUGUCAAACCGCCCGAAUCCCAGCAGGACACGAGCCCCUCGGCCUUCCACUUCUUUUCUCGUACACAGUUGAAAGCGGAGCAAAGGGAAAAAGCAGAACGGUUGAACCCGAUGCCCAGUCCCCCAGCACAGCCCCCAUCGCAUCAAAAAAGAACGGCUAAGGCUAUGUACAACAUUUUCAACUGCAGCCCCAUCAGCACCUGCUUCAAGAAGUCCAUCUGUAAAGAAAAAGCAGCCAGUCAGUCCAUCCAGCACUUGGAAACAUCUAAUCACUCGGAGCACCAGGACAAACAGCAGAUCUCCACUCCACAAGCAAAGACUGAAGCAACUUGUCUGAAGCGAGGGGUGGGAGACGGGUCCAUUGAAAUCAAAGUGGGGCCUGCUCCAGAGACGACCCCUCCCAGCUGUGAGAGGGAACUGCUGUCAAAAGACAAAGAUGAAGAUGAAGAGGAGGAGGGGGAGGGGGAGGAGGACCAAACUGUCUUCUUUACUCCAGAACUUUUCGAAGGUGAAGACAACGUAGGUAGCCCAGAGAAAGAGAUGCAGACCAAGUCGCCUCCGAGGAUGCUUUUGGGGGCAGAGAGCCCGAUCGCGCUGUCAGAAGAACGUUUUGGCUCUGAGCGGGCCCCGGGGCAAGGGCCAGCCUCUGCUUUUGAUGGACAGAGUUCUAUUUCAGACGGAAAGGAGAGCACAGAGCUGUCACAGAGACAGCAAGAAGAAAGUAUAAUACCGAAGCACGAGGAGGAGGGGGAGCAGGUGGAUAACCAGAGCAGGCAGACAGGCAGUAGGCUUCGCAGGUUGUCCAGGUCCAGAAAGCCAGCUGCCUCUACUCAAACAGGUGGAGCCAAGAGUGCAGGGAAAGUCAGUCUUCAGCAGGUUGAGACCAGGAGCAGCCAGAGGAGGACUGACGAGGCCAGGCCAGAUCAUGAGUUAAAGGGGACCAAGGUGGCUUUGAAUAGCAGACCAGCCAGACUAGUAAGAGGAUCCAGCUCAAGAAUAGAGAGUGUUUAUUCGGUACAUUAUCUGAAACCAAGGGUGACUGAGUCAGGAAGGUCCCCUGUGUGUGUGAGGGAACACAAAGCCACACCUGGUGGUUCCACGAGGACUGAGAGUGACGAUGUGAUUACAAAACAAGCCGGAGCAGCACGAUACAGUCCUACUCGUCCAGCAGUGGAUGGUCCAGGAUCUCAACACACCAAAGCAAGAGCUAUUAAAGUACAGCGAUCUUGCAGGCAGAAAAGCAGGAGAUUUAACAAGACCUCUCCCAAAAGAAAGAUAACCAAAGGCCACCGGCCAUGCUCUUUGGGCCUCUACUGUUCUCUGUGUGAGAAGGAGCUACUUCCUGUGGCACAUGGUGCACUGCGAAGUGCUGUUUGUGAAUUUGAACAUCUGUCUUUUCUGAGAAAAGACCAAUUCAGUCCCGUAACGCCGACCCGCCACUGCCAGUGUGCAGCACGUCAGCCAUCAAUUUUAGACAAGUCGGGCUCACUGCUGCUGGUCCAAAAUCUUGCAUCAAUGAAGGCCCUGAGGACUGCUCUGCAACCCUACUGUGAGGGCACUGCAUACAAUGCCAUCUGGAACCCCGAGGAGGGCUCCGUUACCAGGUUUCUGCAGUGCAGAGGCUGUUUGUCUCAAAGCCCCUUUCUGUCUGCGGCGGUAAUUGCAGCAGAGAUCCAGUGCCCUCGAGACAUGGCUCAAGAUCAGAUCUGGUUGUCCCCGGCAGCGGUCCAGUUCUGCCCUCUCACCACUAUUUAAAGCUGAAGAGAUCACGAAU